AAUGACAACAAAACACAUCUUUGUGGUUUACGCCCAAACGUAAACAAUUUAUUGAUUAGAAUAAAACAAUUACUGAAUGAAAUCAAUACUAAUUCAAUAAUAAAACUUUAAAUAAUUAAUUUAUUACAAUUAUUUUCAAUUUUAUUAUUUUUUAUCAAUAUUUUUCAUGUAGCAAGUUGAGUGAUAUUGCGCAUCAUAUAACGUUUCGCCGGUGUAUUAUUUUAGUUUACUGGAGUAGUAAAUAUUCAUCAGACAAAUGAAUGAUAUUAGACGACGUGACUAGAAAUAUGGUAUCUACCCGUGGCCUUCGAUAUAAGUUUAGUGAAGGAGAAAGAGUCUUGUGUUAUGAACCUGAUCCAACUAAGGCUAAAGUUUUAUAUGAUUCCAAGGUAUUAGAAGUAAUAGAAAGUAAAGAUAAGCGUGGACGCCGCACUGUAGAGUACCUCAUCCACUUCCAAGGGUGGAACUCUUCUUGGGACCGCUGUGUCAGUGAAGAUUUUGUGUUGAAGGACACGGAAGAAAACCGACAACUGCAAAGGGAUUUGGCUGAGAAAUCACAAUUACAACUCGGUGCUUACUUGUACCGACGUGAGCGAAAGAAGGGCAGCAGUACAAACGCAGGCACCGGCCCUGCCAAGCGAGCGCGCCACGGAUUCAGUGACGACGGCUCGUCUAGCAGCACUCAGCCAGAUGGUGGAGAGACGGUGGACACGGACUCGUCGUCAGACACGGGCUCCAGCUCUCCGCCGCCGAAUGCACACAUUGGUCGAGCGCACAUUAAUCUGCCUUCUGCACUCAGGGAUCGCCUGACAUUCGACUACCACCUGGUAGUGAAACGCGGCCGGCUAUCCCGUCUUCCCGCGACCCCGUGCGCGGCGCAAAUCCUGGAGUCGUUCGUGAAGUGGUUCGCGCGCGCCGGCGCCUGGCACCCCGCGCGGGCGCGCCAUGACCCCGCGCAGCGCCCCGACCUGCUCGACGUGUCCUGCAGGUUAAAUUUAGUCAGAGAAGUAGCUGACGGUCUGCGCGUGUACUUCGACUUCAUCCUGCGCGGGCAUCUGUUGUACAAGCAAGAAAUCAACCAGUACCACGAAAUAUGUGGCCAGUUCAUAGACGACCAAGAUGACGACAUAAAAUCUAACGGAGACGAUGACGACAUCAACUCGCAAGACGAAUCGCUCACGUUGGCUGAGGAAGACCUGAAGAGCCCCAAAAUACCGGAGUACGCCCAUUUACCGCCAGACCCCGUCGAAAAUGAUAAGGAGAGAAUCUUAACACCGGUAAACAAUAACGAAGACAGCCAAAAAGUGGAGACGAAUGACAAGAACUCUGCCAAGAACGACGUGGGGAACGAAGAGAACCGAGAGAACCAAAACCACGCGGACGGUGCCAAGGAGGGAAGGUCCACGCGCAGCGGGAAUGUGGCCAGGCGGUUGCGGUCACACAAGUCAGCGGUGUCGCAGUCGGAGAACGACGAGCCCGCGCCUUCCACCUCUACCGGGGAGCCGCGCACUUUUGAAACGCUAUCCUCCAGCGUGGGCAGCAGCGGGUCUUCUCUGAGCGAGUGCUGGGCGCGGCCCGCGCAUUCUACGCCGGCCACAGCAACCUCCACGAGAACACCGCUUUCUUUGUUAUUCGAUAAGGUGGCGAAAUGGCAAAUUAUUCCUCGGGAUGGUACCGAACAUUUGCCAUGCAGGGUUUACGGCGCUAUACAUCUCGCGAGACUUUUUGUUAAAUUACCUGACUUCCUAAACGCAACGCAAAUGCCAGAUUUUAAGUUGAAACUAAUAUUGAAACAUAUCGACAUGUUUGUGCAGUAUUUAGACGAGCACAGCGAGUGGUUUGGCGAGAUGUACUAUAUAGCGGACAGUGUGUCCCGAUCUCACUAGCAACGAACAAAUGUUGAAAUAAGUUGUGAUAGCUCUUCCGUUGUUUUAUUGUUGACACGAUGGGGGAAUGAAACCAUUCCUAAUGUUUUAUAUUUUGAAAUGAAUGUACAAGAAAUCAUGUAAUA